AAAUUCUUCACCUUUAAUAUCAAGAAAGAAGAUAUCUUAAAAUUUUCACAAUGGGAUUCACAGACUUUGUCAACGAUGCUGGUCUUACCAUGCUCAACAACUGGUUGGAGACUCGUUCAUACAUCGUUGGAUACUCCCCAAGCCAAGCUGAUGUAGCCGUCUUCAAGGCUCAGCAAUCCGCCCCAGAUGCCGCAAAAUUCCCCCACGCUGCUAGAUGGUACAAGCACAUCAACUCCUGGACCGAGGAAUUCGGUACCCUCCCAGGUGAUGCUUCCAAGGAAUACACUUCAUAUGGCCCAGAUAAGACCGAGGCCACCUUGAACCCAGCAAAGGCCCCAGCUGCCGAGGAAGAGGAUGAUGAUGAGGUCGAUCUUUUCGGAAGUGAUGACGAGGAAGAAGAUGCGGAGGCUCUCAGAAUCAAGGAGGAGCGUUUGGCCGAGUACAAGAAGAAGAAGGAGGGCAAGACCAAGCCUGCUGCCAAGUCUGUCGUCACAAUGGAUGUCAAGCCAUGGGAUGAUGAGACCGACAUGGCGGCAUUGGAGGCUGCUGUUCGUGGCAUCGAUAAGGAUGGUCUCGUUUGGGGUGCUUCUAAACUUGUUGCUGUUGGUUUCGGUAUCAAGAAGUUGCAGAUCAACUUGGUCAUUGAGGAUGACAAGAUUGGUCUUGAUGAUUUGCAAGAGGAGAUUGCUGAGUUCGAGGACUAUGUCCAAUCCUCCGAUAUUGCUGCCAUGCAAAAGCUAUAAAGCAUCAUUACGUCUAGGUUUUACCUUCGACUUCCGCUUCGUUCCUGUUCCUAAAAUGAUUCCACGUUACCUAUGGAGGUUUUGACUCUGACCAGUCAAUAAAUUAUUAUGAUAAAAAAUAAGUUUUACGAAAUGAUGAUAAUCAUGGACUGGGAUAGAAUUGAAAUGCAAAAAAAGCCAUAACAAGUACAUAAAUUUUACAUGCAGAUUGCUUUUGUGAUUCAUUUGUGCUAAAUUAAUGUUUCUGUAAUAUUCCAC